AUGGGGAUCAGGUCCAGAAAUGCCACUAACGCCGAGAAUUUACGGGAGCCUAAAAACUCGCUGGCCGGAGAACUGGAGCAGUGCGCGGGGCAGGAAAGAGACGGCACGCUGCUCCUUGUCGGGGCGGGAAAGGAACCAGACUAUAAAAGGGGCUCUCAGGGCAUCGGGCUUCUCGCCAAGACACCACUGGGUUACACGCGCCCAGUGAAAAGGAAUAACAUCCGUAAACGGCGGAUUCAGAAUCUCAUCUAUGACGCGCUCGAGAGACCGCGAGGAUGGGCCCUGUUGUACCACGCGUUUGUAUUCCUGAUAGUUCUGGGAUGUCUAAUUCUGGCCAUUUUAACGACGUUCAAAGAACAUGAGAAAGCGUCUGCUUAUUGGCUGGUCAUCCUGGAGACGUUGACGAUCUUUGUGUUUGGUGCUGAGUUUGCUCUGAGAGUGUGGGCUGCAGGAUGCUGCUGCAGGUAUAAAGGAUGGAGAGGACGUCUUCGCUUCGCCAGGAAACCACUCUGCAUACUGGAUAUCUUUGUGUUAAUUGCGUCAGUGCCAGUGGUUGCCGUGCGUAACCAAGGAAAUGUGUUGGCAACGUCGUUGCGCAGUCUGCGCUUCCUGCAGAUCCUGCGCAUGCUCCGCAUGGACCGACGCGGAGGGACCUGGAAACUGCUGGGGUCCGCCAUAUACGCACACAGCAAGGAGCUGAUCACUGCCUGGUACAUUGGCUUCCUCUCUCUGAUCCUGGCCUCGUUCCUUGUCUACCUGGUGGAGAAGGAUGAUGUGAGUGUGGAGGUGACAGAGAGUGAUGGAACGACCCCUGCACCACACCCACAAGAUUUCGACACCUACGCAGAUGCUCUGUGGUGGGGCCUGAUCACCUUGACAACCAUUGGGUACGGAGAUAAAACCCCCAAAACAUGGGCGGGGCGUCUGCUGGCUGGAACAUUUGCUCUGCUUGGCGUGUCCUUCUUCGCCCUUCCGGCUGGUAUUCUGGGCUCGGGUCUGGCCCUGAAGGUACAGGAACAGCACCGACAGAAGCACUUUGAGAAACGCAGACACCCUGCAGCUGGGCUUAUACAGGCAGCGUGGAGAUAUUAUGCCACCAACCCAGUCCGAGAGGAUCUUAUAGCCACGUGGAGAUUCUACGAGACCGUCAUCACUUGGCCCUGCUUCAGGAAAGAUCAUCUGGAGGGUAUAGCCAGUCAGAAGCUGAGUUUGCUGGAGCGGGUUCGCUUGCCGACACCGCGACCCUCGUCAUUACGCGGGAGGCUGAUGAUGCCAGGCGGUAACCCGGGGACGGGGAACUGUGGCCCCACCGAGGCCAUAGAGAGUCCGUCUAAAGAGGCCAAACCUGCCAGUGGCUUCAGUAACAGGGAGAGAUUCAGGACCGCAUUUAGGAUGAAGGCCUAUGCUCUCCGUCAGAGUUCAGAGGACGCAGGAGUGGUGCCUGACCCAAACCCUGAGGAGAGGGGCUUUCCCCCCGACAUACUCAUGGAGGAGAUGAUUCCUACCCUCAAAUUAGUCAUCCGAGCAGUGAGGAUCAUUUUGUUCCUGUUGAGUAAGAAGCAUUUUAAGGAGACUCUGAGGCCAUAUGACGUGAAGGAUGUGAUAGAGCAGUACUCCGCCGGACACCUGGACAUGCUCUCUCGCAUCAAAUAUCUCCAGUCACGGAUUGACCUGAUUCUUACCCCUGGCCCUCCCCUCACACCAAAACACAAGAAACCACAAAAAACUCCUUUCCAGUACCCCUCACAGCAGUCGCCCAGACACGAAUCCUAUUUAGCCAAAGCAGGUCUUCCUGACACUGAGGACCAAAGCAUGAUGGGUAGAUUUGUCCGAGUGGAAAGACAGGUGGAAGACAUGGAGAGAAAACUGGACUUUCUCGUUGACAUGCACAUGCAGCACGAUUGCUCAGGCUCCGCCCACAUGACCAUGGAGCACUGCGACCAGACCGUGACCGUUAGCGUUAGCGGAGACCGCGUCUACUGCAGCUACGCGCCACCAUUGCACUAUACACCUUAUUACGCACACACACCCUCUGCACACACACACACUCACACCCAGUCCACUCGAUCCACCCAGCCAGCCAGACCCACCGUGUUACCCAUCAGCCCACUGCCAAGCCACUCCCCCUCUGGUUACAGCCUAUCAGAGGGCGUGUGUGUCGGUCGAAGGGUGGGGACUCCUCUCUCUAUGCUGUCUGUCACUCAUGAGGAACUGGAGCGAUCACCCAGUGGAUUCAGCAUCUCCGCAGAGAGGGAAGAGGUCACCGCAAGGUCAGGGGUCACAGGAGGGUCAAACUGGGGUCGGGAUCGGCGUUAUUUGGCAGAGGGUGAGACCGAUACAGACACGGACCCUUUCACCCCCAGUGGACCUGUGCCUCUGUCCUCUAAUGGGGAGGGCUUUACCCCGGACGCUGCCUGGACCACGCCCCCCUAA